AUGAAGCCGUUCAACCCAGUCGCGGUAUUUGUACGGGGAAAAAGGACGGGCCCGGUAUCUCCUUCCACCCAGAAGGUGGUCAACCAACUUUCAGCACUUUCCGCUUCUCGAAAACAACCUCGUUUGCUCAAGUUAUGUGAUGAAGAUUUGAUCAAGCACAAGACAAUUAUGAAUGCCUGGACGUUAUACCAGCGUAAAAAGCAGCAGAGGCAACACGAACAGCUCCAGAAGCAGUAUAAUAGCAUACAGGAGGCGAUGGACGAGUUGAAGGCCAUCAGUCCGAAGCAUUAUCAAUGGGCCAACAGAGUUGAACAAAAGCGGUUUCCACUCGAAAUGAGAGUUCCAACGGAUUAUCCUGCCGACAAGCCGUGGGUGUAUAACUACAAGAAGUAA